AUGGAUGGCGCGAACAUUUUCGAGAAAUUUGUGCUUGAAGUUGCAUCAAAAGAAGAGGCGAUAACUGCAGUGUCACAGGAGAUAGCGGCAACAACUGCAGGAGACGAGCUGCUUGUACGCGGUCCGCACCUGUUGCUUCACAGAGACAACCUCACCGUGCCGCUGCUUGUCAACGCCCUAGAUCGACAAACUCUCUCUCCUCUAACAGAUCCCGAACUGAAGGCAAGCGACGAGGAUCAGAAUGCAUUAGAGUCCAGGAAGCUGCCAUCCAGUGUCUGGCCACGGAAGAUUGGACGAGUGAGCCUCAUACCUAAAAUCAAAGAGUCCAUCGACACAUCAUCGAACUCCAAAAAUACGCCAUCAUCACAAAUACUCUUAGCAAUGAUUGUCUUAGCAAACUUUCUGUCAAUUGUUGCAUGAUUGUGAAAAUCAUUUUGUACGCUGCGUGAAUAGUAGUAGAGGACGAUAAAAUAGUAGUAGAGGACGAUAAAA